AACUUCACAGAAUAAGAAGUGUAUCCUUUCCUCUCACUUCUGAAAUCAUCUGGUUCGGCCGUAAAUUUUUUGUUUGCCUGUGUCGCAUUACCUCGUGCUUUUCAUCGACUGUUUUUUAUUCAUUUGAUUUCGGGUGUCUUUUAUGAGUAAUCAAAGAGUUCAGAAGCCGACGCUUACAGGCCAGCGUUUUAAAACUAGGAAAAGAGAUGAAAAGAAGGUGUUUGAUCCUACUCAGUUUCAGGAAAGCAUUGUACAAGGUCUGAACCAAACAGGCAGUGACCUGGACGCUGUUGCAAAAUUCCUUGAUGCCUCUGGUGCCAAACUUGACUACCGUCGCUAUGCUGAGACACUUUUUGACAUCCUGGUGGCUGGCGGAAUGCUGGCCCCGGGGGGUACCUUGUCUGAUGAUUUGACCCGUACCGAGUUCUGCUUGUUUACAGCGCAAGAAGACCUGGAGACCAUGCAAGCAUAUGCUCAGGUUUUCAACAAGCUUAUUAGACGUUACAAGUACCUGGAGAAAGGAUUCGAAGAGGAGAUCAAAAAGUUGCUGCUUUUCCUAAAGGGGUUCACUGAGUCUGAGCGAAACAAGCUAGCCAUGUUGACUGGCAUCCUGUUGGCCAAUGGCAACAUCUCAGCCUCUAUCCUCAACAGCCUUUACAACGAGAACCUUGUCAAAGAAGGUGUCUCUGCAACCUUUGCUGUGAAACUUUUCAAAUCCUGGAUCCAUGAGAAGGACAUAGCUUCUGUAGCCGGAAGUCUCCGGAAAGUGGGCAUGGAUAACAGGCUUCUGGAGCUGUUCCCUGCCAACAAGCGGAGUUGUGAGCACUUUUCCAAGUACUUCACAGAUGCCGGGCUCAAGGAGCUGUCUGACUUUGCCAGGAACCAGCAGGCCAUCGGGUCUCGUAAAGAGCUUCAGAAAGAGCUCCAGGAACAGAUGGAGCGUGGGGAUGCUUUCAGAGAUAUCAUUGCCUCAGCUAAGGAGGAGAUGAAGAAGAACAACAUCUCAGAGCAGACGAUGAUCAGCAUAGUUUGGACUAGCGUUAUGAGCUAUGUGGAAUGGAACAAGAAAGAGGAGCUUGUCACAGAACAGGCCAUUAAACACUUGAAGCAAUACAGCCCCUUGCUAAAGGCAUUCACAUCCCAGGGAGCAUCAGAGAUCUUGCUUCUGGUGAAGAUGCAGGAGUACUGCUACGACAACAUCCACUUCAUGAAUUCCUUCCAGAAGAUUGUGGUGCUGCUCUACAAAGCGGAUGUUCUUAGUGAAGAGGCCAUUUUGAAGUGGUACACGGAGGCACACGUUGCCAAAGGAAAGAGUGUUUUUCUGGAACAGAUGAAAAAGUUUGUUGAGUGGCUCAAGAAUGCAGAAGAAGAAUCUGAGUCUGAGCAGGAAGAGGCUGACUAAAGGACUUCAAGGCAAAUCUGAAGCUGUAUAUGUAUGUACUGUAUGUGUGUAUGUAUAUAUAUUUCAUACAGUAGCACCAUUUGCAGUUGAAUGUCUACCGGAAGUCCUUGUUUUCCCCUCCAGUUCUUUUUCUUAUUCUACCUCCUGACCAUAAUGUUUAGAUGCGAUCUAAGGGCUUUUAAACAGGGUUCAUUUUAGAACUAAAAAAGGGUAAAACUUCUGGAUGUCAUGAAUAGUCUCCCUUUACACUUUUCCUAAUUUAAUGGGAAAGAAAUUUGUAACAUUUAAAAACAUUUACUAAUCCAGCCAUUGGUCACAUGUCUGUGUCUUCUGACAGAAUGUUCUCUUUAAAAUAUAGCAUUGGUUCCAGCAUCAUGCGUAUAUUUUAUUUGCCAGUGGUUGAUACAUAUGUCAAAUCAAAUUAAAUUUGACAGACUUACCAGGAUAUUAAUCUUUGACCUCCAUAAAAGCUAUUUUGCUGUGACGUCCUGAUAAUCUGAUUUGAGAUAUAAUCCUGAACUUGUGCUCUUUUCACACUGAAUGGAGUUAUAGCUACUAGUCUGUUGCUAGUGCUGUUGUAAGCAACCCAUUAAAAUUAAUGUUAAUCACUCUU